AUGAUUGGUAAAGUUAUCACUCGGUUUUGGAAUUUGAUUCAAUUAUUUGAUGAGAAAACCACCGAUCAUGUUGCAAAUGCCGAAAAACUUUUUAAUACUGUUAUAGGUUCAUUUCAAAAGUAUGAGAUUCCUACGGAAAACAUCAUAGGUUUCGGCUCUGAUGGAUGCAACACAAUGAUGGGAUGUAACAAUUCAGUUUCAAGUCGAUUUCGUCAACGUUGUCCAGGCAUAAUUGUGAUCAAAUGCAUUUGUCAUUCUCUGCAUCUUUGCGCUAGUGACGCAUGUAAAGAGCUUCCACUAAAUUGUGAAAAAAUGGCGCGAAAUAUUUAUAAUUAUUUUAAAUCCAGUAGUAAAAGGCAGAGUGAGUUGAAAGAGUUCCAGUAUUUUGCUGAGGCGGAUGUGCACAAAAUUCUAAGACCAGCCCAGACUAGAUGGUUGUCUUUAAAUGCAGUAGUGCAAAGGAUUCUGGAACAAUGGGAUGUAUUACGUCUUUAUUUCAAUAGCAAAUGGCUGGAAGAAUCGGAGUGCCACGAUAUUCAUGCAUGCCUGAAUGAUCCCAUAAUCAAGGCUUAUUACUAUUUUUUGGCUUGGAUGUUGCCAAAAUUUACAACAUUAAAUAGCUGUUUUCAGAGCGAAUCUAUUUUAAUUACGAAACUACAUGGGAAAAUGACAGCUUUUUAUAAAGAACUGUUACUAUUGGUUUUACACAGAAAUUAUGUAAAUUCCGCUCCUAUUGAAACUAUAGAUCCAAUGACAGAAAUAAAUCACAAGGACCUAAAAGACAUAUAUCUAGGUUUAGGUGUCCAGAAAGAACUAGAUUCUGUUGAAAAUGAAGAAAGAAAGUUAACUCUCAGAAAGAUGUGUAAAAAUUUUAUUAUUAGAGCUUGUGUGGGCCUUCGUAAACGAUACUGUUUUAAUGACAAAAUUAUGACAGAAAUAGCAAAAUUUGAUCUAGAGAAAGUAAUUUCUGAUGACAGGGAAGAGUCAGUUUCGUCGUUAUUUCCAUUACUGCCCAGAAUUGCCCCAACUUCAAUCCAACAUCAACAAGAACUAGAUGAUGAGUGGCGGAAGUUGCCGUUAUACUACAAAGAUUUGGAUUUAAGUCAACCCCCUGACGUAUUUUGGCACCAGGUCGCAGAACUGCGUGACCAACAUCGAGAAGGGAAUACCUAUUUCCAACACUUGCCAAAAUUUAUGUUGGCCAUUUUGUCUCUGCCACACUCGAAUGCUGAGUGCGAAAGAUAUUUGCAUUACUCUCUACCGAGACGGAGUAUUUUCUACUGUGCGUGCGGUGUUCAAAUAAUUCGCUUUAAGAAAUUUGAGCAAAAAGAUCCAAAAAAUCAAGCAUAA